ACAGCUUAAGCACACUUGACUUUGAAUAUAGUGCAGGGGUCGGUACAGUGACUUUUAUGGGAUUUUAUUUUUAACAUUUGGCAGUUUUCCAUGGAAGAAAGGAAGUCAUACGUUUUGGAAAGACAUGACGAUUUCAGGAAAUAUGGACUCCAGCGGUGUUGCACUAGGUUUGGAUGUGGAUAAUAGUUUUGGACAGAUGAUUUGGCAGAACCUCCCAUCCAUGGUCCAUCUGGAUGUCCUGUCUUCUAAGGGUUCUCCUCAGCUCCCAGAGGUGCUGCUGUCGCCUUUGUUUCAGGAUUCACGUCCCAAAGCCUUUCUGCUUUCAAGCCCUGAGCCACUACUCACCCUUCUCUCCUUGAACCGAAACUCACCGGGUACUCCAUUAGGCGCUCCACAGAUGCCCAUUCUUGAAGACAAUGAACAAGACUGGGUAGAGCACGGUCACAACCUCACACAUGGUUUUUCUACAAGAGAUUGCCAAGCUGGCAGCAAAUCACUUUUCUUAGAGCAAGCACCACAGCGCAGCAGGAGGAACAAUGCUUUAAACCAAACACUGGUUGGCAGUGUGGAGGAAAUAAAAGAAGGAUUGAUGAUUCAGUCAUUGUGGCAUCUCUCCCAGCACGUUUCGUUGGCGAAUCGAGCCAGUUGUUUACAACAGAGGGUGUUGGCGAUGCUUGGUGAACAUGCUUGUAGACACUAUAACCACCAACUGGAUGGUUUGAAGAAGGAACUUCUUGAAGCACAUUGUUCCUCAAAGUUGACAUCAGGGCAUCUUUUUGAGACUUUUAAGGCUGUAGAGAUGCAGGAGGUAGAGCAGGCUCUUAUGAGAAACCUCCAGUACCCUCAAGCACAUAAGCAGCCUCUGAAAUUCAGGGAUUUGCAGAAUUUAGCACACAAUGGUCAUGCUGUUUUGCAUGGAGUGCUGGAGGCUCUGGACUCAGAUGCCACCGUGAGCAGCUCAGAUGAAGAGUGGGACCAUGACGACACCAAAGGGACCUCAGUGGAAUCACAUUGUCAUGUCUGUGAAUGGAGAUGGCUGAAGGACAGAGCUGAACUCUGCAGUCGCUGGACGUGGCUCCAGAUGAGAGUGUCUGAGCUGGACUCUCAGAUUCAGCAGCUUGGAAAACUCAGGCAGCAGAUUCUCUCUAAUAAGGGUCGUGUGAUUUUGGCGGAGUCUCAGCCCCUGACGGACAAGCAGAUCCAACACACCUUGUGGACAGAGACUAUGGAUCUAUCAUUCACAGCUGGCAAUAUGCGAGAUUUGCACUCUGAUCUAGAGAUGGAGCCCAGCAGCCCCACUCGCCUUCUGAGGAACAUUGAGAGACAGAGUGCCCAGCUGACUCAGAUUGUGAACAGCCUGAUGCCAUCUUUGUGUGCCUCUCCUUCCUCAUCACCAAUGUCUAAAGGACCCUGCAAUCACUGGAGAGGUCAACAGAAAACAGCUUACAGUGGUGGACCACAGAGUUUACACAAAGCCAGGCAGAAGAGGAAGAGAACAUGUCACAGACGACAGUACCUCCCUCAGGUGGAUGUCACCUGUAUGUCAGCCCGGACUCGACCCCUUCUGACUUAUCACAAGCCUAGACUUUUCGUCAUGGACCCAUUGUCUCAUAAAGAGCAGGUUCUGGAGUCUUCCUCUUCUCUUUGUCCCAAUUGUGCAUCCUGUGAUCCUGCAUGUCACCACAGAAAAGAGAGAACAGAUGGCAAAGUGCAUCCUGUUCUAUCACUUUCCUCAGAAACUCCAUCAUCCUUCCAUCUGCAAAGUUCUCUAUUUAAAGACAGUUUGCUUCAGCGAUCUCUCCUCCUUAAAACUGAGCACUCCAGACCUCAUUACCGUCUCCGAUCCGGAGGCAGAGUCUCCCGCUCUUUAUUCCAUUGCAAUCAUCAGCUGAAAAACGAGAGGCGUUUGAAAAGACACAGAAGGGAGAGCACUCCUAUACGAUGGGCACGUACCCGAGACCACCACAGUCAAGAUUACAGGGAGGGCAAGAGGAGGCGGCGCUGCUCUAAAAGAACAAUGGACAUCUCCAGUAUUACACCCAAGUCUGAUCUGGUCUUCCAGAGUGAUGACAGUCAUGUAGAGGAAUCUUCAGAGGAUGUGACCAUCUCUUACUGUACACCUACACAACAGAGAAACUCACAGUUUUCAUCGCGCAGGAGAAACUGUGAGAGUAUUUUCAGCACUGAUGACAUUGUCGUUCCUAUGUCUCUGUUCGCAUCAGUGAAAGUGGAAAGACUUCUGUAUAAGGACAUUUUGACACCCAGUUGGCGAAAGGUGAAUAUUUCGCCUUUAUUGAAAAGAGACGAGGAUGAGCAGGAGGAAAGGAUGUCAGAUGAAGAUUUCUUUCAGAGGCACAAGAGUUAUGAGCAUAGAGAGAAACUACUGGGAUCCUACUGGGAUCAGGACAGAAGACACAGCAUCAGGCCAUCCAGGAAAAGUUGGUCUUCAGUAUCUGCGAGAGACCAUCUUGCUCACUGUCGCCCACCUGUACAUUCUCCUGUUCCCUUCACCUGGACCUUCAGUCCUUCUGAAGAUCCAUCAGAAUCCAGUGUGGAUGAACAAGAGCCACUGCAACCAUGGAGAAGACAUCUUAUCUUUUAGGAGGAAAGGAUCCAAGAUUGAGAUGUGAGAACAGCUCAAAGUAAGACGUGCAUGUCUAAUAGAAUUUGCUUCUUAAUCAAGCAUUUCAAAUCAGCGCCAUAUUGCUUCACUAUCCUUAUUUUGAUGGAGUUUGAUUCAUCUGGAUAUUCCUAAUAAACUUUAAUAAAGCUAGAUAACGCCCUCUAUAAAGUGUCAGAACUAGGAAUAACAUGCACACAUUAUAGUGACUGCUCAGUGCUGAAUUGAUGAAUAUAUGCUGAUUAAUUACCUUUUUAAAUCAUGAAUCCUGAAAAAGGUAUCACUGUUUAAACAAAAUGUUAAGCAGCACAACUGUUUCCAACAUUGAGAAUAAUAAGAAAUGAUUCUUGAGCACCAAAUCAGCAUAUAGUCAGUCAUAAGUGUCAAUUUUCUAAAAUUAAGAUUUAGACAUUAUCUGAAAGCUGAAUAAAUAAGCCUAGCAUUGAUGUAUGGUUUUGAUGUAUGGUUUGUUGAAAAUCUGGAAUCUGAGGGUGCAAAAAAAAAACAAAAAAAAAAAAAUCAAAAUACGGAGAAAAUCACCUUUAAAGCUGUCCAAAUGAAGUUCUUAGCAAUGCAUAUUACCAAACAAAUGUUAAGUUUUUAUAUAUUUACAGUUGGAAAUUUACAAAAUAUCUUCAUGGAACAUGAUCUUUACUAAAUGUCCUAAUAAUUUUUGGAUAAAAAAAUCAAUAAUUUUGACCCAUACAAUGUAUUGUUGGCUAUUGCUAUAAAUAUACCCGUGCAACGUAUGACUGGUUUUGUGGUCCAGGAUCACAUAUAUUCAAAUAGAAAAGUUAUUUUAAAUGCGUGAGCGCAAGAGCCUUCUUUUAAAAACAUUACCUUUAAACGUUAGUGUAAAUCAUUUCAGAUUGGAACCACGUUUAGACACAGAGUCAGUUUUGUACUUCUUUAUAGUUAAUUAAAAUGCACACUUACUACAGUUAAAGUUUGAGAGACAAAUUGGAACCAAGUGUUAAAUACAGUGGAGAAAAUAAAUGCUGUUUUGUUGGUCAUUUGUUUGACUGAUUAUUCUGUACUGUUUACAGACUUCCAGAGCACCAAAGCACAACAUCAGAGGUGAACCAGGAAAUGACAUCGUAAUAAGGCAGAAUCUCAGCCAUCGUGGUUCUACUCUUUUGGAUAAAACACUCUUUUAGUAUUUAAAGAGUUUUGACAGAUAUUUUUCACAUUGUUUCCUCUGUCCCCUCAGUUUUUUUUUUUUUUCUAAAAGAUUUGUUUACAGUGUAAUUGAUUAAAUAUCUUAAGCCAGACCCUUAACAGUAUCAACUGUAAGGCAUUACAUUAUUUAUGCAGCCUAUUUUGUUAUUUAUUGUAAUAUUAGUACAAUGUAUUGGUCUGUGUUCACAUUUUUUGGGGAAAAAAAUUAUAUAUGAUUUUCCUAUAAAUCUCAUCUUUUAUUAGAAUUUAUCCAGUACUGUGGGAAAAGUGUUGGUAAAUGUAUGUAAGUUUACCUCAUACUACAUUAAAGUGAUUCAGACUACCACA